UGGAUCACCUGUUUGUUGUAAUAUGUCCGGACUACCUGUGAGCAUAUGUGCACGAGCGUGGAUUGUUGUGCAUUGUUCUGGUGCUUGAGUAUCCUGAUGACUAGGCUCUUCUGGAACAAGCCUGUAUUUUCAUUUUCUUUUUCCAAGCACCCAGCGGGCCAGUGUUGCCUCUGGAUGGAUCUUUUAAAGAAUGGAAAUAUGACAUGACCUGAGAAUCGGCACCGGUGGAAGUAUUUCUCUUGCUCAAUCUAUGCUGACGUGGUUUCGAUUUUUUUAUCCUUCUUUUUUUUUUUAUAUCUGCGCCAAGGAAAAAUGAUCUAGUCUCUUCUUUAACCCGGCCGUGGACUACCGCAUCCAAAAUUUGGCAGUGACAUUAAUGCCUUCUUUGAAAAUUAGAGAAAGAUUUCAAUUUGAGAAAUGUAAAAUGAGUCAAGGAUAUUCUCUAGACAACUCUUCACUUGCAAGAUGCUAUGAUAUAUGUAAGAAGAACAAGGAUGGCAAGACGCGGGAGCAGGACUACUCUUCUGAAACCCAUUACAGAGUUGUUUUACCAACAUUCCAGUAUAAGAUGAGCCACCAGCGAGUGGGGAAGUGCAUCAUCAUCAACAACAAAAACUUUGAUGAAAAAACAGGGAUGAAUGUACGCAAUGGAACGGACCGAGAUGCGGGCGAGCUGUCCAGAUGCUUCAGCGACCUGGGCUUCGACGUUGUGAUCUACAACGAUCAGACCUGUGAGAAGAUGAAGCGUCUUCUCAGGGAGGUCUCAGAGGAAGACCACAGUGACUGCUCGUGCUUCGCCUGCAUCCUCCUAAGCCACGGAGAGGAAGGUAUGAUCUACGGCACGGACGGAGCCAUGCCCAUAAAGACCAUGACCUCGCUGUUCAGAGGGGAUAUGUGCAAAAGCUUAGUCGGAAAACCCAAACUCUUCUUCAUCCAGGCUUGUCGGGGUUCUGAGUUUGAUGAUGGUAUUCAGACAGAUUCAGGUCCACCAAACGAGUCCCUGGAAACGGAUGCUAAUCCAAGACACAAGAUCCCUGUAGAAGCAGAUUUCCUUUUUGCCUACUCCACUGUGCCUGGUUAUUACUCGUGGAGGAACCCUGGCCGUGGAUCUUGGUUCGUCCAGGCGCUCUGCAACGUCCUCAACGAAUUCGGCAAGCAGCUGGAGAUAAUGCAGAUCCUGACACGUGUCAACUACAUGGUGGCCACUAGCUUUGAGUCUUGGUCUGAAGACCCGCGCUUCAGUGAGAAGAAGCAGAUUCCCUGCGUGGUCUCCAUGCUGACGAAAGAACUGUAUUUCAACUGACCGCCCACCUGGACUACACGACGCAGACUCCCCGACGGACCGACCACACCGACUUGACUAAACUGAUAACUCAUCAUUGCAUCCUGUCCAAGAUGUCCAAAAGUUCAGGGAUGAUUCAGGCCCAGCAGGACACGGCACAUUAGGAGCACAUUUUUGCACGUGUGGCUGGGCCCGAUAAUAAGCACUCUGUGAGAACAAAAAUUACACUAUCACUCCGCGUUCAUGUGUUGAUGUUAAAACAUCUUUAGGUUCCUUCUCCUCAGUAAGAUGGUGUCAGAUUUGUCUACAGGCGUUGUCAAAUAUACAUGUUACUCUACCAACUCACAAAAAUGGCUGACAGUUUUUAGUGAGCUGGCUGAAACAUCCGAAUAUGUGUCUCUCCAUUUUUCAGCAUUUGCAAAAGAUGCUGAGAGAAAUGUUUCCUCUUGGACCUCAGCAAGCAAACAGUAACAUAGUUGGUACUCGGAGUCGUUUCCCGAAACUGACUCCUGAGCAUAUUCAUUUCUUACUGUUAGACAACCGUUCACAGCUGGCACGCAGCCACAAAAGCUAUUGUGGGAACUUUAGCUCUCCUUUGAGUUUAGAAAACAUUUAAAAAAUGCUUCUCUGUUAAGCAUGAAAAUGGAUAUGACUUUCAUGGUCUCUGUCCAAAUAAAAAAAUAUCCCACAAAAGAACCUGUCACACAGCCAGAUGCAGGAAAGAAAUAGUUGGUUUUCUUAACAGAUAAUGAAAGGAGGAAAAGCCCCUGUAAACCUUCUCAGUGCAUCCUGGGUGAUGUUUUUCAUUAUCAGCUGUUUACUCAUGAGAACAACCCAAAGUGUUUUUUCAAAGACAGAAUCUGACAUUUCUCACUGUCUCACUUCAGUAUAGGAUGUUUUUGCAACCCAAAUUAAGACUCAAGUCAGUUUAUGGAAAUCUCAAUAAAGUAACAAACCCUGUGAUUGCUGUAGGAGAGUCUAGUGAACCUGAAAAAAAUAAGACAUCACACAACAUGUGCAAUGAAGGGUGAAGCAUCUGGGAAAUGGAUCAGAUCAUUUCCAGCUCUCCGUGUUUAAAAAAAAAAAAAAAAAAAAAUCAAGAGUCAGUUAUUAAGAUAGAGAGACCAAAAAAAAAAAAAAAAGACCACUUCUGAUUAGAAAAUUGUCUCAAUGCUCUUGCCAAAGGCUGGAGGUCUCAGCCUUCCUCGCAGGUUUACGUUGGUAGCAGCAUGCUGGCAUCCUCAGGUUCCUUAAACGUCCCAUCAAAUGGGUAAAUGUCAUGUUAAUUAUUCCAUCAUUUUGUGUGCUCUUUUGCUGUGUAGUGAUAAGUUCUAUGAGACUUUGGGUCAAGCACAUAGUAAAAAAAAGAAAAAAGAAACAAAAAAAAA